AUGACUAGCGUACCAUUUACAUCGCUUCCGAUAGGGACAACGAUUGGGAUCGACCAGUAUUCUUUUGAUGUGAAGGCGGACCACCCAUUCCAAGGAAUUAAGGGUAUCCCCAUUGGACCCGUCCAUGUUAUCCAUUUUCAACAUGCAGAUAAUUGCAGUAUGAGGUAUGGUUACUGGUUUGACGGUAGAAUGGGAAACUUCUACAUUCACUACGAUGCCAAUGAUGGUCUUUACAAAAUGGUGGAAGAACUGGAUCAUGCGAAAUUCGAGAAUAUUGUCCAUGAUUUCAAAGAACGACAAAUGAUGGUUUCGUACCCAAAGCUUGAUGAAGACGAUACCUGGCACAAUUUAACAGAGUUUGUGCAGAUGGAUAAAAUCCGAUGCAUAGUAAGACAGGACGAAAACCAGUUCUCUUACGUGGAUUCGUCGAUGACCACAUUGCAAGAAAAUGAACUAUUGGAAUCCAGCUUGCUAAAAGCUGGUUCCAAAAUAAAAGGUGGGGAUGAAGAUGAUUCUGCACAUUGCUUGAAUUAUACGGUGACAAAGUUCAAGUCUAGAGAGGCCAUAAGACCUGGUCACGAAAUGGAGGACUUCCUGGAUAAGUCUCACUACUUGAAUGCAGUGAUACUUCGAGGGAUUUUUCAGAAUUCAUUCAAGAGUUAUCUUGGAGAAUUGCAAUUUGCGUUCUUAAACGCCAUGUUUUUCGGUAAUUAUGGAUCGAGUUUGCAAUGGCAUGCAAUGGUUGAACUUGUAUGUUCAAGUACUUCGGUGCCCAAGCGCAUGCUCAGUAAAUUAGACGAAAUCUUGUAUUUCCAGAUAAAAACCUUACCAGAGCAGUACUCAGAUGUCUUGAUGAAUGAACGCGUUUGGAACACUUGCCUAUACUCUUCUUUCCAGAAGAAUUUUCUACCCCUCACAAAGGAAGUAAUGGAAACCAAAUACCCAGAAUUAGUUGGUAAAGACAACGAAGAUGACGUUAUUGUCAACGGUUUCACUGGUGAAGAUAAUUAUGAAGAGGACAAUGAUGAGUAUAAACCUACCGUUGCCGGUGGUGUAUAUUACCAAAAAUCACUAUAG